CAAUACGGCACUUUUUAUUUCAACCCAAACGUUAUCUGUUUAGAGGAAUGAGCGAGCUACCGUUUUCAGGAUGGAUGUAAGAUUUUUACCGACUCUAAGUUUGGUUUUGAUGUGUGCGGAUGCUAUUCUUGCUAACUCACCCAUGGGCACGCAAGUAGACAAUGCUCCGUGUAACUCCUGCUGUACUGGACCACCAGGCAUGCCAGGGGUGCAUGGUGUUCCGGGGAAUAACGGUUUACCUGGACCUACUGGACCGAGAGGAGAUAUGGGGUAUCCCGGAGCUGCCGGAGUUAUGGGAACGGACGGAGCGAAAGGGGAGCGAGGCUCCCCAGGAUCCACUGGACAGAAAGGGGAACAAGGAAUCGGCCAGCCAGGUAAACGAGGACCUCCGGGCCUCUCCGGCUCACCCGAAAUGAACGGACAAGUCUCCACUGGAGAUGGACCCAACCGGAGGGUAGCCUUUACUGCCGUAAGGAAAACACCCAUUAACCUAAACAACGAUCCAAUUCCAUUUGAGGAAAUAAUUUAUUCCGAGAAGGGAACACCCUUCAAUUUGCUGAACGGUACAUUUACAUGUGACCUGGACGGCAUUUAUUUCUUCACGUUCUCGGUUACAAAGACGCCGACGAGUUCAAGUUUGUUUGUUCACCUUCUAAAGAAUACUCAAGUGAUCGUCGUUGGGGUUGUAUUUGAUAAAGGGUCACACCCGGUUAGUGGUAGUGCAGUUCUCUCGCUAAAUCUAAAUGACGAGGUUUUCAUGUCUGCAAGAGGAGCCGUGGACAGCUUGACUCCAAAUCACUACACAUCAUUCUCAGGUUUCUUAUUAUACGACAAGUAAAAGUGUGGAAUGUAAACAAGUCAAGUAAACUUUUUGGUGAUUUAAAAUAAAACAAAACAACAAUGCAUGCAUGCUCCGAUAAAAACUAUAAAUCAGGAAUAUUUAGAGGGCGGGGAGUGGGGGGGGGGGUACGCCCCCUGCACAUUGUAUUGCCACUUAUUCGUUACAGCUGAUGUAAAGAAUUGAUCUCGAUUACAAUAACAUUUUCUUUACACAUUUUUUAAAGACACAGGACACUAUUGCUAACUUUCAAAGACAGAGUUGUGUGCUUUCAGUUGCUUGAUAUCGGGACAUCAAAAUCUAAAUCUGCGGUCUCGAUAAUUAUCUAAUUCGUGAAAAAAUUACUUCUUUCUCGAAAACUACGUUACGUUUAUGUUACCAAUAGCUCUCCAUUGCUCGUUACCGAGUAAUUUUUUUUUUUUACUAAUACUUUAUAAGCCUCCGAGCAGCCAACAAAAUUUGACAUACUGUACUAACUGGGCAUGAUCGGAAGGCAGAAUUGUGUAUCGGGGGCACAAUUCUUGUUCUAAUGAUCUGAACAUAUGAAUAUUAUGUGCUUCCUGGACCCACAUACCGUAAAGAUUUUUAAAUCUUAAAUCUGUUUUCAACUAGUGGUUUAAACCCGCCGAGGCCUGGUUCUUUAUAAUUUACCUCGACUUCGUCUCGGUAAAAU